AUGAUACACGCCGUAUUAGAUCUAUCAGAUCAGGACCAGACCAAUAUAGAGAUCAAGGACGUGUUCACCAUGAGCGAGAAUCAUCACGUGGCGGCCUCGUCGGACAGCUUAUUCAACUACAUCCAUAAGUUGGUCCUGGCAUCAACUACUGAUAUAACCACCACAUUGAGCGUGACACCAGAGCUUCUCAACGGGUUUAUCCACAACCAGAACCCUGAUACAUUAUAUGUGUGUCGAGAGUCAGAACAAUAUGUUAUUACUAAGGAGUUGGCACCGUCUGAGUCCAAUAUCAUGAUCCUUUUGAAAUCAAGAAACAAACUACAAGAUGACAUACCAUUUGAAGAUCAGAUCAAUAUGGUUAAUAUCACGCCAUUAUCAUACUGUAAUAAUACUGAAGCUUCUGAGCUUGAAUAUAUCGACCAAUUGCGACUACUUAUUGGAAUGGGGAUUUCACCUUAUUUCGAUUUAGUAGCCAAUGUUAAACACAGUCCGUUGCAAGAGAAUUCUCAAUUCAACUCCAUUGAAAUUGCCCGUAAAAAGUUUCAAGAGUUACUUUUAUCAUUACAACAUCUACAACAGAAGAUCCAAGUACCCAAUUUGCUUCUUUCAGUGCAUCCCCAAAUCAGAUCGUUGUUAGACCAUUGGAAAGAUGAUGUUGGCGAUGAUUGGCAAUCAAUAAUCGUUCCAGAUGCUUUACUCAAUGACUCUCUUUUCCUUAAUGAAACGUCCAAUAUCGUCAAUGGUUGGCUCAAGCAAAUUCAAGAGAUUACGGGGUUAGAUCAUGUGUCUAGUGAUGGUGAAACUAUUGCCAAUGAAAUCCAUUUUUGGAACUCUAUGGAAUCAGCAUUGAUCUCUUUAAAGGAUCAAAUAGAUUCUGUUGAAGUUUUAAUGACAUUAUCGAUCUUGAAUAAAGCUAAAAGGUUUCAUACCACCUUGGCAUUUGCAAAUGACAAUGCAAUCAAUGAUAAAUUAUCGCAAGCAAUAUUAUACAAUUCCAUUCUUAAAGAUUUACCUAUAAAUGAGUUAAACUCUAUAACAGUGUCCAAUACUACUGUUAAUGCCAAAAUGUAUAUGGAAACCUGGGAUAGAAUAGAAGUUGCAUUGAAUAAAUUGUGGAACCAUAUUAAAAAGAUAAAAAAUCUAAGUUUGUUUCCAUUAACAAGAUUGAUGGAUUAUAUCGAUGUGAUUUUGAAUUACGACAUUGUGAACAAGUUAUCCUUUGUCUUAACAAGUUUCCUGUUGAUGUCAUUAUCUAUGGAAUGGUUUAUUGAGUAUCAAAUGGACCCAAUCACGAAGAUCAUAUCCCAAACAGAAUUUCAAUUGAAAUCAAUGAUUAAUAUCUUGAGAGAAUUGGUUAGAAAAAGAGCUGACAAGUUUGUCAGUAUUAAGAUUAAUACCCAAAAGUUUGAUGAAUUCAAAGAUCGUUUAGAAACCAUUAAACUGUUCAGAUUCAAACAUGAAUCUAUGAUUUCUAUUGCAAAUACAGUGUUGAACAACCCUGCCUAUUUCCAGAAAUUGUUAGAUGCAUAUAAUCGGUAUAUUACCUCGAUAAAUGUUUUAGACUUAACUCGACAAGGGACUUUUAUGUGGUUGAAUAAUAAGGAAUUGUAUAUGCAAGCUUUCCAAGAAUUGGAAUCUCAUUUAUUGAAGGAGCUCAAUCGAUUAUUGGACCAAUGUACAACGUUUAUUGACUUUGUAUCCAUCGAAUCAAAGUUUUCACAUGUUAAUACUCAAAUUCUUCCAAGCAAGGACCAAACUUCCAUUAUUAAUCUUGCAGGAGAUACUUAUAAGCUUAAGAUAUUAAGUGUUGCGGAUAAAGAGCUUCAGAAUCUUAUACAAACACAUGUCAACGAUAAAUCCCAAUUGAAUGCUUACUUAGAUUUGCUACUCAAUAUAAGAAACGUUGAAUUUGGAGGUUUGGUUGAUCCUUCCAUCACUACAACAGUAACUUGGAAUCUUAGAUUAAUAGAGAAAGUCACAUUUUAUUUGCAACAUUUACAUAAAAUUAUUGGCCUGGACUGGAGCAAAUAUUCAAUUGGGAAGAAGAUUCAAUCAGAAACUUCGAGCUUGAUACAAUCUUUGAACGUGGAAACAGUGAUUUCGGAAUGGGCUGAAGAUAUUAGAUCUCAACAAGGAACACUCACUAUCACGGGUCCUCUUGUUAGGUUAAUCGAAAACCCUUCUACCAAAGAAAUUGAUAUCCACAUUAACAUCGCUCCAAAUGCUGUUAAUCUUACUAGGGAUACCCAUAGAAUCAUAGAGUUAGGAUAUAAGGUUCCAACUGAAUUAUUAGUUCUGGCCAAACGAAUUGAUAAGCUAUAUCUGUUUAUCACCCAAUUGAAUGAUGAUAUAAAAUUAUUUAAAAGACUCUCCCAAGUUAAUAAUGGUGAAGCUUCCUCCAAUUCCAUGAUGAAAUACGAAUUUUAUUUGGAGGACAAGAGAGUUGAAGUUUUCCAACUAUUGUAUGAGUUAACAGCUAUUGACUGGCUUCACAUAUCUCUGGCCAUUGAUUUAAUGUCGUUAAAUACACCAGAGGAGCAGCUGCAACUGCAACAACAUAUAAAUGAAAACUUGAUUGAAAUUCAAUCGCUUAACAAAUUACAACAAUUCCAUCUGGAGAUGAAUGGUUUAAACGAGAAAUAUGUCGAGUUAAAGAUGUUUCAUCGAAUUUUACAUUUCGAUUUAUUCAAACAAUUAGCCACUUGUGAGUAUAACAGUCUUUCAAUUCUGGAAAUUAUAUCCCAGAUUCAACAUCAGUUUCGAAAAAUCUCUUUAUUGGAGUCAACGACUAAUGCUUCAACACUUUGCGAGUUAAUUAAUGAUGACAUUGAACAAAUUCUCUUGAAGAAAUGUUCCAUUCAAUUGGCAACCCUAUACAGAGAAUUAACUUUAUCCAAUGAAGACAGGCCAAAGAAUCAUGGCAAUGCUCACAAUAUCAUUCCCCAGAUACUGCAUUCAGUUACAUUUGAUGAUAAUCAAACUAUAAUUAUCUCACCUGCUUUAGAGACAACUAAAUCGACUUUUUAUGAAUAUUUUGAUGAAAUUAUUCAUACUAUGGAACUGCAAAAGAAGAUCAGGGUUGAGUCACUGAAAUCAAUUGUUUUUGACAGCUUAUGCCACAGCGAAGAACUAAUUGACCUCACCUCUAGGGCCAUUAGUCGUAUUGAGAGUGUAUGCAACGAAGCAUUUGACUAUGCUCAUAAAUGGAGCAUACUUCAAUCUAUUUGGGAAUUGGAUUUGUCUGAGUCUGACUCCAUUAGAAUAUUAUUUGGACAAGAAUCAACUAACUUGGAGUUUUGGUAUACCAAAUUACACAAACUAUUAAAUUUACGUUCAAUAUUUGAUAAGCCAGAAUCGUUUGAAUUGAUUGGUAACAGAAUAAAAAUAGAUAUUACCAAUGUACUCUCAAGAGUCAGUAUUAAGUUUGAUCAAUUCCAGUUGGAGCUCUUGAAAAGGUUCAAUACCUACGUGCAAGAAGCUAUUACUUUACUCAACCGUCUGUUGAAGGACGAUCAAGCGAAGCUUGAAGAGAAGUGGAGUUUUCAAGGUAGCAAUAUCCAAUUGAUAAUGAACUUGCAAAAUUAUUAUCGAAUCAUGGUAUCACUUUCCAAGUUGAAAGAUGAAAUGGCACUGGUCCAAAAAUAUCAAAGGCUCUUAAUCAAAAAUCGGUUCAAUUUUCCCAAAAAUACAUUAUUUGUCGAGCAAUUGCAAAUGAAUCUUUCUAUAUUAGAAAGCUCCAUGGUAAAGAAACAAUCAAUUAUAGAUGAGAACAAGGAGUUGAUUCUAUCAAAAGUCAAGGCAUCUGCAAAUAAUUGUAACGACUCAAUAGAAGAACUUUGUACCAAAUGGUCAACGAGAAAACCUACAUCUGGAAAUAUCAUACCUACAAGGGCCAUAGGAGAUCUUGACAUAUUUAAGAAGCUCUGUGAACCAUUGGUAUCAUCUAGAGAAGCAAUUCUACUUGUCGCCGACCAUUUUGAUAUUUCAGUAUUGGUGUCUAACGAUAUUGCAUCAGUUACUACUGAAAUAGAUGAUUUAAGGUAUGUUUGGGUUUCAAUUAACUCAUUAUGGGAAGGUUUGGAUCGUAUCAAAUCAUUUAAAUGGCAAGAUUUCCAACCUCGAGUUUUAAAAGCUCAAUUAGAUGAUUUAUUGAAUAGUUCCAGAUCUGCUCCAACCAGGGUUCGACAGUAUAAUGCAUUUGAAGAUAUCCAACAGGUGAUUAAGACUCAUAUAAAGAACUUUCAUUUCAUACAAGAUUUAAAGAGCGAUUGGAUGAAACCAAGACACUGGUCUUUUCUUUUUGAGCAAAUUUCUCCUGGAAAAAGGAUGAUAUUUGAAUCAUUGACUAUUGGUGAUGUUUGGAGCUUAAACUUAUCUUUAAAUGAGCCAAUCUUGAAGGGAAUCGUUACUCAAGCAGCCAAUGAGUACACCAUUGAGUCAAAAUUGAAUCUUAUUAAUGAAGAAUGGAGAGGUGUAACGUUUGAUGUAUUCAUAUACAAAAACAAAUACACCAUGGUGAAGAAUUGGAAUGAACUUUUUGAUAGAUGUGACACAGAUGUCAACGCCUUGGAAAGUAUGAGGAACUCGCCUUUCUUUGACACCUUCGACCAAGAAAUAACCCAAACACAUUCUGAUUUGAGUUUUUUAUAUACCAUUUUGGAUUUAUGGAUUGAAGUACAACGUCAAUGGGUUUAUUUGGAAGGUGUUUUCGGUAAUAAAGACAAUGAUAUUGCAUCCAUUUUACCACUUGAAAAUACAAGAUUUACCAACAUCACCUACGAAUUUGGCAAUAUUUUAAAGAGAAUAUUUAAGUUAAAGACAGUUAGAGAUGUGAUACACAUUUCAAACCUACAAACCAUAAUGGAGAAGUAUUUGGAAACUUUAGGUAAAGUUCGCAGAUCUUUAAAUGAAUAUUUGGAGAAGCAAAGGGAGCUUUUCCCCAGAUUCUAUUUCAUUGGGAACGAAGAUUUACUUGAAAUCAUUGGUAACUCAAACAAUAUUGAUUCCUUGGGACCCCAUUUAAGUAAAAUGUUCCAAGGUGUUGCUGCGUUAGAGUUUGAUGACCAUACGUCGUCCAUUGUUAGCGUAUUAUCACCUCAAGGAGAGACAGUACCAUUGAGAACCCCGAUUUCGUUGAUUAAGUACCCUCAUUUAAUUAGUUGGUUAGUUGCAUUGGAGCACGAAAUCAAAGUAACUUUGGAAAGUUUAACGAGGCUAGCCGUCUCCAAGUUUUCAAGGUUUUAUCUGGUGACAGAACCAACCAUCACAGGAGAUGUGAUUUUGAAUCUUAUUAAUGAAUUUCCUUCCCAAGUGAAUGAUUUGGCCUUGAAUAUUAAUUUCACCUUGAGUGUCGAAUCAGCUAUGACUAACAAUCGCUUAAAGGAUGUUCACGAUCGAGUAGUGGGGUUGAUUGCACAAUUAACAGAACAGUUGCACAGCAAAAGAGAGCCAUUGGAAAGAAGAAAAGUAGAGUUUAUGAUUAUUGAAAUUAUACACCAAAGAGACAUCAUAGGGGAUCUAAUUGACAAGAAAUCUGACGACCUAAAGUUUCUUUGGAAUAUUCAACAAAGAUUUUAUCAUCAACCAAAGUCUAAACUUGGUGAUCUUCAAAGUGUCAUUAUGAAACAAUCCCACUGUCAAUUUAAUUAUGGGUUUGAAUUUCAAGGUGCUCCAGACAAAUUGGUGUACACCUCAUCAAUGGACCAGUUGUUCUUGACUAUGACCCAAGCACUUAACAUGAAACUUGGUGGUUCACCGUUUGGACCAGCGGGAACUGGUAAAACAGAAUCGAUUAAAUUCCUUGCCCAUAAGCUCGGAAGAAUGGUAUUGGUGUUUAACUGCGACGAAUCGUUUGAUUAUCAAGCAAUGGGAAGAAUCUUUCUUGGAUUGUGUAAAGUUGGAGGUUGGGGAUGCUUUGACGAGUUUAAUCGUUUGGAUGAAAAGAUCCUAAGUGCUGUUUCGUCUCAAGUGGAAGCCAUAGAAAGUGGACUUACAAAUGCAGGGACUCGAGUAGAAGUUUCAGGAAAGUUAAUUGGUAUUCACGAGGAAACAGGAAUCUUUAUUACCAUGAAUCCAGGCUAUGUUGGAAGAGUUGAAUUACCAGAGAAUUUGAAAAAGCUUUUCAAAAGUGUAUCAAUGAAUAAGCCUGAUAAAGAGAAUAUUGUUGAAGUAUUAUUGAUUGCCCAAACCUUUUCAUUUGCCAAAGAAUUGGCCUUAAAAAUGGUUCCAUUCUUUACAGAAAUUGAUAAUCUUACUUCUAACCAAAAGCAUUAUGACUUUGGCUUGCGUUCACUCAAAAGCACCUUGAGUCGAAGUGGAAUCAUUAAAAGGGACACUUUGAUGAAGACAGCCACCACCGUUGAAGAUGAGGAAAGAAUUAUUUUACGCAGUAUACGUGAAAUAAUUGCUCCAAAACUUAUUAAAGAAGAUACAACAAUUCUCACGACGUUGGAGAAGAAGUAUUUUCCCCAUAUAUCAAUUAUUGAUGGAGGUGAUGAUGUUUCCAAAUUCUUACUUAAGCUAGAAGAAACCAGUGAAGCUGCUGGCUUUAUUGCUUCUGACCAUUGGACUAAAAAGGCCAUUCAAUUAAAACAAGUUCUGGACUCUCAUACGGGGACAAUUAUAGUUGGAGACCCAGGUUCAGGAAAGACAGCGAUUUGGAAACAAACUUUAUUGGUAUUGUCUGCUUUGGACAAGAUAGAAGCUGUCCAAUACGUAAUUGACAGUAAGGUUAUGUCCAAGGAAACUCUUUUCGGUCAGUUGGAUGUUGUUACCAGAGACUGGACUGAUGGGCUAUUCACAAGUAUAAUAAGAAAGAUUGGUGAAAAUAUCAGAGGGGAGUUGAAUAAGCGUACUUGGAUUAUAUUUGAUGGAGAUAUUGACCCUGAAUGGGCUGAAAACUUGAAUAGUGUAUUGGAUGAUAACAAGAUCUUAACUCUUCCUACUGGUGAACGUUUACCUGUUACUCCCAAUGUUCGGUUACUCUUUGAAGUUGAUUCUUUAAAGUAUGCUACACCUGCUACUGUUAGUAGAUGUGGAAUUGUAUGGAUAGACAGCUGUCUUGUUCCCAGUUAUGAUAUCUUUCAGUAUUACAGUAAGAGCAUCAAGUUAACAACUACAGAAUUUCAGGAGCAAGUAAUAAUCACAAACAAGACGGUGGUUGAUGUUGUUCUAGCAAGCUUAGAUCAAAGACUUCAGUGUCUUAUUGGACCAGACACUUUGAACUGUAUAACAGAAGAAGCCAAGGUCAUAAGCCAUAUAAUGGAGUUCAGUUUAAUGCGGAGUCUCGUGACAUUUACUUCAUUGAUUAAAUCUCAUUUGAAGAAACUUAUCUCUUAUAAGUUAAACAAUGAAGGAACGCCCAUCGACGACGAUGAGUACAUAACUAAAGCGAUUUUGGUAAGUUUAGUAUGGUCAUUUGCUGGUGAUGCUUCUGUUCCAGACCGUCAGCAAUUCUCUUUGAAAUUGCAACAAUUCCACUCCUUUGCACACGUUGAAAUUGGUGAAGAUAGCAAUGGUGGUGGUUCUGCUACAUUAUUGGACUAUGAUAUCAGCUUGCCUGAUUGUGCCUGGGAGCCAUGGAGUUUGAGAGUUCCCGAGGUGGAUUUGGAACCCCACGCAAUUACUUCACCUAAUCUUGUCAUUCCUACAAUCGACACCAUUAGGCAUGAAGAUUUAAUUCACUGCAUUAUUCAUGAUCAUCGGCCUUUGAUUUUAUGUGGUCCUCCUGGGUCUGGGAAGACCAUGACUCUAUUAGAGGUGCUUCGAAAGUCCCCCAAUUUGGAUGUUGUAUCGUUGAACUUCUCAAAGGAGACUUCACCCAAAUCUUUAUUAAAGUCUUUAGAACAAAGAUGUGAAUACCACAGAACUGGUUCAGGGUUAACCUUAGAACCAAAGAUCUCAGGCAAAUGGGUGGUUGUAUUUUGUGAUGAGAUCAAUUUACCAGCACCAGAUAACUAUGGAACUCAAAAGGUUAUAUCAUUCAUGAGACAAAUGAUAGAGCAGAGAGGGUUCUGGAGAAUCAAAGACAAGCAAUGGAUUAAGCUUGGGAACAUUCAGUUUGUUGGAGCAUGUAACCCUUCAACAGAUCCAGGAAGAAGUCCAUUAAGCGAACGAUUCCUCAGACAUACUUCUUUGGUAAUGGUAGAUUAUCCAGGAGAUAAAUCAUUGCAUCAAAUUUACAAUACUAUGAAUACAGCAUUGUUGAAAUGCGUGCCUGAUUUAAGAGGGUUUACUUCAAGUUUAACGAAUGCAAUGUUGGAUAUUUAUCAUGCCAAUAAAGAUCAUUUCACUGGACUCAGAAGUCAUUAUGUUUAUUCUCCUAGAGAAUUAACUCGAUGGACAAGAGGGAUAUAUGGCCCUAUUAAAGAUAAUGAAUAUAGAGACUUGUCUAAACUUCUAAGAUUGUGGUAUCACGAGGGGAUUCGCUUAUUCGGUGACAGAUUGGUCGAAGAAAGCGAAAGGGCUUGGGCUAAAGAAAAGUUUGAAGCCGUAGCUGGUACUCAUUUCCCCAAUUUUUCACUACAAGAUGUUUUUAAUGAACCAGUGCUUUAUUCUGAUUGGCUCUCUCUGGUAUAUGAAUCUGUGAAUGUCGGUGAAAUCAAAUCCUUCGUAAGUGAGAGACUAAGAGUUUUCAGCGAAGAAGAAAUAGAAACCAAGCUCAUUUUACACGAUGAUCUCUUGGAUCACACCUUGAGAAUUGAUAGAGUACUCAAGCAAUCUCUGGGACAUAUGAUUCUUGUGGGGCCCUGUGCCAGUGGUAGAAGCACAUUGACCAAGUUUGUAGCGUGGAUCAAUGGAUUAAAAGUAUUUGAAUUGAAAGUUAAAAGCAAUUAUGGAAUCGACGACUUUGAUCAGAAUUUAAGAGCCAUUCUUUUAUCUUGUGCCAAAGGGGAAAAGAUUUGUUUCAUUAUUGACGAAGCAAAUAUCUUAGACAGUGCAUUCAUUGAAAGAAUGAACUCAUUGUUAGCCAAUGCCGAGGUACCUGGGCUAUUUGAGGGAGAAGAAUUGACUAAUUUGUUGAAUAUUUGUGUGGAACAAGCUCAAUUACAGGGUUACUUAUUGGACUCUGAUGAUGAGGUUCUAUCUUGGUUCAGUAAACAGAUUUCAAGCAAUUUACACGUCGUAUUCACUAUUAGUGAGACAGAGAGAUCAUCCCAUUCCACUAUCAUCUCUUCUAGAGCAUUAUUUAACAGAUGCGUUUUAAGUUGGAUGGGGAAUUGGUCUGAUAAGACGUUAAUCGAUGUUGCAACUUCCAGUAUUGAAGAUGUACCAUUGGACCUUUCAACGUAUGUGAAACCAGAGACAUUCGUGGGUUUAAAUGAAUAUCAAAUGGUCAAUUUGAAGGAUGUGAUUGUUGAAUGUUUAAUUCAUAUCCACAAAUCUUCCAGUGGGUCUACGGUUAAUACUCCAAGGAAGUUUAUCACCUUUAUAGAUAAUGUUACUACGACAUUUUUUCAAAAGCUAGAUGAGUUGGAAAACAGAUACAGACACAUUAACAAUGGACUCAACAAAUUGAGAGAAACAGUGAUAGAAGUGAACACCUUAAAAGCAGAUUUGCAAACUAAACAGAAAUACUUGGAAUCUAAGGACCUUGAUGCAAAGAAAAUGUUAACUAAAAUGAUCACUGACCAAAAUGAAGCAGAACGGAAACAAGAGUUUUCGUUAUCUACCCAAGAAGAGCUUGCCAAAAAGGAUGUGGAGAUACAACUUAGAAAACAAAGAGUCAUGAAAGAUCUUGAGCAUGCAGAACCAGCAGUUCUUGAGGCUCAAAGAGGAGUCCAGAACAUCAAGAAGCAACAUUUAACUGAAAUAAGAAGCAUGAUAAACCCUCCCGCAGCUGUCAAGAUGACUAUGGAAGCAGUAUGCAUUUUACUUGGCUAUGAAGUACUGUCGUGGAGAGAUGUUCAACAAGUUGUUCGAAGAGAUGAUUUUAUUGCCAAUAUUGUUUCAUUUGAUAACGAAACCCAGAUAACGCCUUCAUUAAGAACUUAUAUGGAGAAGCAUUACUUAUCACGAGACGAUUUUAUUUACGAAGUUGUCAAUAGAGCAAGUAAAGCCUGUGGUCCAUUACUUUUAUGGAUACGUGCUCAUUUGGAGUUUUCAAGUAUCUUGGAAAAAAUUGGACCGUUGAAGCAAGAAGUGGUUGAAUUAGAACGUGAAAUCACUACCACAAAGGCUCAGUUGAUAGCAAUCGAUCAAAUGAUCAAGGAACUUGAACAAAGCAUUGAUCAAUAUAAAGAUAGUUAUAGUGAAGUGAUCCGAGAGUCUGAAAUUAUCAAAUCAGAAAUGAAAUCCGUUGAGAAUCGUGUUUCAAGAAGUAUGAAGCUUAUUGAUAGUUUGACUAGUGAACGUCAACGUUGGAAGGAAAGUAUUGCGAAGUUUAAACCUCAACGGGAUAAUUUGAUUGGCAAUGCUAUGCUUUCUGGAGCCAUGUUGACAUACUUCGGCUUAUACGAUCUGCAAUUACGUGAAACCAUGUUAUCAUCUUGGAAGAAGUACCUUAAAUUAGCAGGGAUUGGGUUUGACGAAUCGUUUAUGCCUGCUACGUAUUUGGCAAAGAAAACAGAUAUUUUCGCCUGGGAAGAUAAUCAGACUAUACCCAAUGAUACUUUGAGUAUUGAUAACUUUGUUAUAAUGUCACAUUCAGAUUGUAUAGCCAUAGUUGAUCCUAAUUCCAAGGUGGUGGAUACUCUUGGGUAUUUGGUUGCACCCAAGAACUUAGUUACUACCAGUUUUAAUGAAGAAGGGUAUAUUAAGAAGGUGGAGAAUGCCUUAAGGUUUGGUGGCUCGAUCUUGAUCAAAGAUGCGCACUUAUACGAUCCAAUAUUGAAUACCAUACUUAAGAAAGAGAUCCAUAGGAAUGGUGGCAGAGCUAUGGUUGAGUUAGGGGACGAUUUGAUUGAUUAUUCGGCUGAAUUCAAGUUGUUUUUGCAUACCAAAGAGAGUUCGAUUCCAAUAUCUGAAUUUGUGUCUUCGUGGACCACUUCUGUUAACUAUAGUGUUACCAGAGGAAGUCUUGAAACCCAAAUACUUAGUAUUACUCUUCAGAAAGUCAAGCCAGAGAUUGAAAAGUCGAGACUUGAACUCAUUAAGUCCCUGAAUGCUUAUCAGGCUCAAUUGCAUAGGCUAGAACAAGAGCUUUUGACUUCGUUGAGUGGUUCAUCAGGUAAGCUUUUGGAGAACGAUGACAUCAUUGAAUCGUUAGAGAAGUUGAAGCAAGAAUCAACUGAAAUCGACAGUAAGAUAUUGGAAACAAGCGUGGUUAUGGAGACUGUUGAAGGUGUAAGAAACACUUAUAGCGAAGUAGCAAAACAUUCGUCCACUAUAUAUGACUUAUUAAGUCGUUUGGCUUUGUUGAACCCCUUCUAUUUGGUUUCAUACCAAAAGUACAUCACUAUUUACGAAGCAGUGCUUGAGAAUAAUAAGCAACAAGUGCUGGACAUCACCAGUCUUAACAAGAGCUACUACAAGGAAAUAUUUUCUAGGGUUGGUUGUCAAUUAAUGAACAUUGAUAAGCCUUUAUUUGCAAUUGCGAUGGCCAUAGAGUAUUAUAGUUUGGAGAUUGGCAUUCAAGUUAAGGAUGUGUUUAAGAUUAUACUCGAAGGGCUUUUGUCAGAUGAAGAUGAUAAGGUUCAUGGAAUCAUUUCCAGGGCAUUUGAUAAGAUGCUAGUUGACUACGACAAGCAAGAACCUAACCUUAUUGGCCAGUUGCCAAAGAUAAAAGAAGCUAAUCCUAAUAACCUUACUUUACAAGUUAUGGGAAGCUUUUUACAACUUUUAAAUCAUAGCCAUCAAGAGAGGGCCAUUAAGUUUAUUGAAACCAUACCUGAAGUCAGCUCUUUCCUAUUUGGGGCUCAAGGUAAUUACACUGGUGAAUAUGAUUUGAAUGAUCUUGUCAAGUUGGAAGACAGUCAAAGACCGUAUAUAUUAGCAUAUCCUGAGGGAUACGAUGCAACAUAUAGGAUCGAGCAAAUUGCUAGAGAUGAGCAACAGAAGGUGACCAUUGUAUCUUUAGGAUCCACGGAAGGCAUUGAUAGUGCCAAUAAGGAGUUGGCAUCUGCUAUGACCAGUGGUAAUUGGCUUAUUAUUCAGAAUAUUCAAAUGUCACCCAAUUGGGUAGCUGAAUUAUCGAAUAAGAUAACCACCAAUGAUUUCUUUCAAGUUCUGAAACGCCAACAGAACUUUAAGUUGUUUUUAACUUGCUGUACCACUUCACAAGUUCCAGAAUGGUUAAUUAGUAACCUGAAUGUCUUAGUACUUGAGAGUCAACCAAGUCUUGGAGGGAAUGUUAUCGAAGGUUUGAAAUUAAUACCAAGUGAUUUAAUCAGUCAACAUCCAAAAGAAUUCAUUCAUGUUUGUUUCCUAUUAAUUUGGUAUCAUAGUCUUAUCCAAGAGAGAAUGAAGUAUGCUCCAAUUUCAUUCACCAAACCGUAUAACAUCAAUGAAGUGGAUUUGCAAAGUGGAAUAAGAAUUGUAUCUCAGAUAUUCGCUGCAAAUACCUCAACUAGUACUGCCACUAAUAUUAAUCCUGAAUUAAUCCCUUGGAAAGAAAUAUGCUAUAUGAUUGGAGAGAUUACUUAUGGAAGUAAAAUUGAUAUCGAAGAAGAUAAAAAGUAUUUUAUUAGUUUGGCUAAGCAAUUGUUUUGCUUGCAAUCAUUUGAUUUAAACUUUAGUUUGGUCGAUUCCAAUGAAAUUACAUUAACAAAACCUGAAGGUGGGAUUAGUGUUAAUACUUAUUCCCAAUGGGCUAAUAAUUUACCUCAAGAUAUACCGUCUGGUUGGAUUGGGUUACCAAAUAACUCAAAUAAUUUACUUAAGGAGAAAGAAGGUAUUAGAAUUAUUAAGAAACUAUUAAGUUUCAAAUAA